AGACCAGUUAAAGAUCUUGACAAAAGCAAAAUAGAAGACGAGUUGAAGCUGAAAAGGGUGUAGAACGGAAUAGAGGAAAAGAGGGUUUGUAAAUUGGGAAAUUAAGAUCUGACAGAGAAUGGGUCGAUCUAGCAGCAAGGAUGCCCAUGACCUCUUCCGUGCACUUUGGUCUGCAUAUUCUGCAACCCCAACAAAUCUCAAGAUCAUUGAUAUCUACGUCGUUUACGCUGUCUUCACCGCUCUCAUUCAGGUAGUUUACAUGGCUUUGGUGGGAUCAUUUCCUUUUAACUCUUUCCUGUCGGGAGUGCUUUCUUGUGUAGGAACUGCAGUUCUGGCUGUUUGUCUCCGGAUCCAAGUGAAUAAAGAGAAUAAGGAAUUCAAGGAUCUUGCACCCGAGCGUGCUUUUGCAGAUUUUGUUCUCUGCAAUCUGGUGCUUCAUUUGGUGAUCAUGAACUUCCUUGGUUAAAUUGGGUUUGUGCGGCUUUUGUUUUUCCAAUUUGUAUCCUUGGAUAAUAAAAUGGAUAAUAGUAUUAUAACUGGAGUUUUGCAAUAGUAUUUAUAGACAGUCAUGUUGAUUUUGCCCCUUCCCCCCUCCUCGUUUUGGGUCCGUGUUUUGAACAUAGAGAUGCUAGAUAUUUACUUUGUCAACUUUUAAGCCUCAUAUGGAUGAUUAAUCACCCAAGGCUUUCACAUGGAUAUCUGAAUAUGAUUCCCCCAAAGCUCGUAAAAAUUACAAGAUGUAGUCUUAUUUUGAAAAGAAAAAAAGUUAUGAUCUCAUAAUACUGCUUGUUUGCCCAGGUCUUGAUCACAAGAAAUUUAAAAUUUUAGUUCAAAUUUCUGACGUGACAGAAGACCUAGGAGUAAAAGAUUCCAAAGGGGGAGAAUAGGCGGGUAUGGUAAUGUGUUGUGGUUGAUUCCAUGCUGAUGCCUCCAAAAGAGUAACAAAGAGCUGUUUGUAGGCUGUAGCAUAUGGCAUGGCAUGAAUACCAAUGAAAAUGAAAACAAGUCUCAUGUGGGUGUACUGCCCGCCCGCGUGGCCAUGAAUCAGUAUCUAUGAUAUAUUUACUUUUUUUCAACAAAAUGCAUGUAAUUAUUUCUAUCCUUUAUCAGUUCAUCCUUCCUUGCCCUAACUUAUUGCGUCUCCAACAUAUCAUUUAUUGAUUCAACCAUUGGCUUCUCCACCUUCUGUUUCUUCCCCAAAGCUGAACCUUCUUGCUAUGGAGUCUCUAUGACGAAGAGGACGUCAUGAAAAGAAUGUGUAGUUAAGGAAUUAAUAAAUUAUCAAAAAAUACUUCGAUGUGUGUGCAUUUAAAAUUAUGGUGAGAAUAUAUCAAUACUUAUGCUAAAUUAGUUGAUUGCUCUUUUAACUUUUGCUCAGUUCUCAUGAUUAAGGCAUGUUUCUUUAACACCGCUAAAAAAAUUAGGAUUUGGGAGUUGAACCCGGACGAGCAUCACUUGUAAUAUAUGAAAACGUGAAAUGUAUUGAGGACAUGUAUUCUAAACGCGGCACAACUAAUACCUAACUACUUACCCUCUACCGAAGAUUUGACACGUUACAAGGCAAAGAGACUUGCCAUCAACAACAUAUAGCAGUGAUGAUUACAGAGACGGAAAUUACAAAAGAAAGCGCCUUCUAUCAACAAAUGUCAAGAAAUAUUGGGAAGAGGGAACGAACCAAAAGCCUAAAGUUAGAAACAGAAUCUCCAGACGGAUACCAACGGAAGAUUUCAUUCAACAAGUUCUCGUGUCCCAGAUCUUGAACUAGAUUAUUACAUUUCUAGUAUCUUCUAUAGGUGACUUGACCAACUUGAGACUUUUCUUGAGAAAAAUCCAUUAUGUACCCCAUAAACUAAUACUCAUCGGUGAUUUUAUAUGAAUUUUGCGCCUUUACCUUUUGCUCCUUAAAUUCUUGGUAAGAACGUAUCUGAGCUUUCAAUUUAUCCUGAUUUUUUUUUUUUUGCCAAGAAAUCAAGUUUCUAACGAAACAUAUUGAUUUUAACAUUAAAAGUUCUAUUUGGGUAAUUUUCGAAUGUUAGUGUGCAUGAUUGAGAGAAUCAUACAUUUUUAAUUUUUCCAAUAAGUAAAAUUGAUUAGUCUUAAGUGUAUUUUUAAUCCUUCCAUUUUAGUAAUUUUUUUGUUUUUAUCCUAAAGUAUUUUUGUUUAUAUUUUUAUUAAUUUUCUAUUUUAGUCCCUAUCGUUGAUGUAAUCUAACAACAAAUUGAUGCAUAGCUUCUUAAUAGAAAC